GGCUGCUUUGCGGGCGCCCGCAGGGAGGAGGCACGGUCUUCCAAGCUAAUUUUUUGGAACUGCAGAAAUGGUUGAUUCUAGCCACAAACAGGAAUUUGUAGUUGUUCUGAACUAUACCCUGGAUUAAUUGUGUUUGAUUGGAACCAAAGCUUAAGACAUCUCCAAGGAUGAAAGUCUAUGCUAAGUCUGUGUUGCUGUCACACUGGCUCUUUCUGGCCUAUGUGUUGAUGGUGUGCUGUAAGCUGAUGUCCGCCUCGAGCCAGCACCUCCGGGGACACCCAGGUCAACACCAAGUCAAACAAGGGACCUGUGAGGUGGUUGCUGUGCACAGAUGCUGUAACAAGAACCGCAUAGAAGAGCGAUCACAAACCGUUAAAUGUUCUUGUUUCCCAGGACAGGUUGCUGGCACCACUCGGGCUCAGCCUUCUUGUGUUGAAGCUUCCAUUGUGAUUCAGAAAUGGUGGUGUCACAUGAAUCCUUGUCUGGAAGGAGAGGAUUGUAAAGUGUUGCCAGAUUACUCAGGUUGGUCCUGUAGCAGUGGCAAUAAAGUCAAAACUACAAAGGUGACACGGUAGCAAACAGAGGUUUGCUUCAAUUCCAGAGGAUUGACAGGAUGCAGAGCUCUCUUGUUUGGAUUACAGUCCUGUCCACGUUGUGGGAAAUGGUCUUUCUUGGAUUUCAGCAACAUCACAUUUGCAUAUGUGUGCUGUAAAGUGGCGUUCACGUAACUGUCUCUGCCCUUUCUACUUCAUGAUCUUAUUACAUUGAAUUAUAAACACAGGCUGCCAAAUUGAUGCCCUAUCUGCAUUCCCUGGGAACAUACCUCCAAGACAACCUGGAUGAACAAUUCAGAGACUUUAAAAUGGAUUGCCACUGAAGAAUUUGUUUUCAAUUUCUUUCUGCGAUUACAAAGGAACAUGGAUAUUUGUUUCACUGGCUCCUCGUUCUGUUUCUUUUUUAAAGUUUUCUGCUAGC